AUGAACAAUAACGCUCCUGACAGAUUCGAGUCCUUUAUCCUUCCUGAAGGCCAUCCAAAACUUAUAUUGACACCCGAUACAAAGAUACCGAAUUCGGCCACAAUCGUCAUAUACAAGGAGGACCACACGCUUGGAAACCUGUUGAAAUCGCAAUUACUGAAAAACAGCAAGGUCUUGUUUGCUGGAUACAAGAUACCACAUCCACUUGAAUAUGAUGUCGUGUUGAGGAUUCAGACUGUAUCAAACUACUCGCCUCAUGCGGCAUUGGAGCAAGCAAUCGUAUCCUUGCGCGAAGAAAUAAGGCUCCUUCAAACAGAAUUCCAGGAUCAAGUCACAAUCUACAAGGAUCAAUCGCGAGAUACGCAGCAGACGAAUAAUGGCGAAUACUAG